UCAAAACAUUCUGUAGACAGAGAUCGGGUUUCUAACAAACAACAUGGCCGAGAAGUGGACUUCGCAGCUAAAUUCUGCACACAAAACGUGUAUUGUGCAGGAAGGGAGGAGGAAAAUCCACUACACAUUUGCUGAUGGCACAGAAAUGGCAGAGGAAUAUGACCAAAGAAGUGGCGACCUUAUCAUUAGGAAAUGGAGAAGAAAAGGAACAUUUGGUAGCAAAGGGACAAGCUGGGAUUUUGAAGUAGGGGAACAACUCAUGUCAAAAACUCUUGACCCUGAAGGAUUGGUGGAAAGUUCAAGCAAUCCCAUAUUUGUCAGAAAAGAUACAAAGGUGGCGUUUCAGUGGAGAAUUCGUAACAUUCCCUACCCUCUACAUGUGUUUAGUGUGACUGUGCAGGAUGACAACCACAAGCUCAUCAUCAAGACAUCCAACAAAAAGUAUUAUAAAAAGUUUUCCAUACCAGACAUGGAGAGGGUUGGAUGCCUACUGACACAGGACAGUAUCAGCACUGCCCAUGCCAACAACACUUUCAUCAUCACUUAUAAAAAACCAAAGGAAGUCUUGGAAAUGGAAAAGAAAAUAGCAGCAGAAAUGAAACAAUUAAAAGCCAGUAAAGAUGGUGACGUUGACUGUACUCCCAGCUGAUGGAGAAUGGUGUGUACUCCUAGCUGAUGAAGAAUGGUGUGUACUCCUAGCUGAUGAAGAAUGGUGUGUACUCCUAGCUGAUGAAGGGUGUUUUGUAUAAUUGGACAUUAAUUUUGAUGUAUGAUCUAGGAUAGCAGCUGUGAGAUUACCUUAAGGUUGGAUGAAAGAACAGCUACUGUUUAUUGAAUUAUGUUGAAAUAAAUAAAGUUUGAUUCCCGAAAGAAACUUACAAAAUUGGAAGAGUUCAGCCAAAGGGAAACUAAUAAAUCUAUUACAUUUUAAUCUUAAGUACCAUAAUUUAAUGAAGUCAUGCUUGACAACAAGCAAGAGUUACUUAGUGCAUAUGUACAGCUUUCUGUUGUUAUUUGGUACAAAUGACUGGCAAUAAUGUUACAGAUUAUGUAAUUAUGUAGAGAACUGAUGUACUAAUAUGGCAGGUUUGAAUGCAGUAAAUAGACAAAAUACCAUUCUCGUUGGUCAGAAUAAAAUCAAUACUGGACCUGACUUUACACAUGAAGAUGUAACACUUCAGAUAUUUCACUGGUAAAAUUUAUUACAAUUAUGAUACAGUUGUGGGAUCGCACAACGUUACACGAUGUGCAGUACGCACGUUGUGUGCACACUGUGCACGAUACAAAUCUGGACGAUUAUUGCUUGCACAUUUUUUUUUAAACGAUCUAAAUCAACACAUGUAAAAUUAUAACACAGGUCAGAUGACACGGUCCCAUAUACAGGUAAACAUAGCCUCUUUGUACAUGUACGUGGACCGUAUUUUUCCCCAUCCAGGGUUUUCACGUAACUCGUCGAGGUGUGAAAAUCCAGAUGAAAAACGAAUGCAACUAACAAAUACUUAACGUCCAGUAAUGUUUUCAUAACAGACAUACAGUACAGGCUCUCUAUGUCAGGCACAGGGCGCCAGGUAAAACUCCGGUCACUCAUCAAAAUGUUAUUUACCUGUUCUGUUACCUGUGACCAUAACCCAUUAUUGACAGUCUAACGGUCACUGUAAUACUGUAUAACUCGCAUAAUAAAAUUGAACACAAUCUAAAUUAAUAUUAUGAGAAAUU